AUGGAAGGGGGUGAUUUUAACAAUAACGCCAGUAAUAUGAAGACAACCAAGCAACAGCCCCAGAUGGGUUUGUUCCAGGCAAUUAAUUUAUUAUUAGCAUGUGUUAUCGGUAGUGGAAUAUUCAUUAGUGCAAAAACCGUGCUAGACUACUCUGGUAGCUAUGGUCUAUCGAUUUUGGUAUGGAUAUUCUGUGGUCUCUUAUGUAUUAUGGGUGCACUCUGUUAUGCCGAAUUAGGUUGUGCUUAUGUUAGUAGCGGAGGUGACUAUACGUACUUAAAAAUAGCGUUUGGUGAUUUUGCUGGUUUCGUACGUGUGUGGAUCGAAGUUGUCUUAUCUCGUCCGAUGAUCGUUGUUCUUAGUGUUUUAACAGCAGCAAAUUAUUUGAUCUACUGGUUUUAUCCCACUUGUCCGCCGCCAACUUCUCUUGUCAAAUGCUUAGCAUCGUUUCUUUUAUUAAUUGUUGCCUUCAUCAAUUUAGCAUCGGCCAUAUGGACAAAUCGUUUGCAUUUAGCUUGCAAUUAUUUUAAAAUUGGUUCAUUGCUAAUCGUUGUUGGAGCUGGCAUUUAUCAAAUAUGUCGUGGUAGAACAGAAAACUUUCAUGAGCCAUUUGAAAAUAGUUCGUACAAUAAAAUAACAAAAGCAUUAUAUGGUGGUUUAUUUCCUUAUGCUGGUUGGAAUUAUUUGAAUAAUACUAUUGAUAAUUUAAAAAAUCCUCCAAAAACUUUACCACGUGCAAUUGUCAUAUCAUUAUUACUGUGUAUAGUAAUUUAUUUACUUACAUUUAGUUCAUACUUUACCGCUCUCACACCCAAUGAGAUUCUUAUGUCAGACGCUACGGCAGUGUCGUUUUCUGAACGCGUAUCUCCACUAUUCUUGUAUGUUAUACCAAUUGGAGUUACAAUGUCUUGUGUUGGUGCGGCUAGUGGUAAUAUAUUUACUAUCGGUCAAAUGUUUAAUGUUGCCGGACGUGACGGUCUUAUGCCGCAUAUUAUGGCUAUGAAACACUUCGAAUCCAACGUACCAAUGAUUGCUAUAUUAUUUGAAGUUAUUAUUUCAUUUGUCUUCUUAUUUUUUAUGUCGAAUAUAGAUCGUUUAAUUAUUUGUUGCGGUAUGAUCAAUUGGAUAGGUAUACUAUGUGCUAGUAUCGCACUCAUUGUACUCCGAUAUACCCAACCAGAUGUCCCUCGUCCAAUGCGCGUUCCAUUAAUUGUGCCUAUUCUCUUUAUCUUUAUUCUUGUCGUAUUGAUCGUGGCAAGUGCAGUGACUGACUCCGAAAAUAUCACGACAUCAUUAAUUUUAUUGUCAACAGCUAUACCAGGUUAUGUUAUUGGUGUUAUGUGGAAGAAAAAGCCAAAAAGUUUUACGAAAAAAUACAAUAGUUUUGCAACAACAUUACAAAAAUUGUUUUUUGUUGUUCCUGAUGAACAUGUGGCAUAA